CCGAUCUGGAGCGGGACGGCAGGUUCGACCUCGCCGCCUCCUCCCACCCACCCUCGCUCGCUCGGUUGAUUGAUCUGACGCAUGGCGGCUGCCCCCGGCUCCUUUUGGGUGGAGGAUUUUGCGGCGUGGUUAGAUGGGUGGGUGGUCGAUGAGGCUGCGGCGCAUGCAUUCGGUGGUGGGAUUUGGCUUUAGCUCCGCGCGGGCUUUGGUUUUUAGUAUGAUGGGUUGUUGAUUUGAUGAAACUGUGUGCGUGAAAGGAUCGUCUUCAAGCGGAUACAGUUAUUUUUUUCUUCUCUGUUUGUGUGGAAGGUUCUGCGAUCUCUUCGUAGGUUGCGGUAAAUCUGGCGGUGUCAGGUUGGAAUUGGGUGGGCUGGUUUGCAUUAAUCUUCCUGUGCUUGAUGUUGAACUGGUUCACCUUACGAUACUGAAGGUGCUGGUUGUUAUAUAGCAUCGUUGUGUUGGAUCUGUCAGGUCUGACAGAUAAAAUUUUUCGUCCACUCUGGCUGCUACACAAGAGUUACUGGUGUGCACCUCUAGGCUGGCUGUUCGAUUCUCCUGUAGACGAAGUCCAUGUUGCAUUUGCUACUGUCUGCUGGGUUUCUCCUUUGAUUACGGUUAAAUAACUCUGGCUGAUCAGAACGAAGUAUACAGUACAGUAGCCGGUAUCUUGCUACUUAUCACUAAAUUUGAAAAUGUUUCGGUUUUCUUGCUUCUCUAAUCCGUCCCGUCAUCGCCGAUCGAAGAAGCUGGUUACUUGUUCAGUUGAUGAUACACGGGCUUAUCCAAAUUCGACUCAGAAGGUAGAUGGAAAAAUUUCUAGUAAUUCUAACGUCGAGCAGUAUACGAGCCCUGCUUCCGAGGAUUGCUGGAGGUCAGAAGACUUCAGCUUUUGCACCGACAAAGAGUCAGGUAAGAUUAAGAAAAGUCAAUCUCUCGGAGACAUCCUUGACCCUCAUCAACAUGAGUGUCAGUCCUUCCUUGGAAAUUCUGAGCUUCUCAUCGAAAAGCAAUGUGAUUUUGAGGAUAUUGUGUCAACUUGUUGUCUUGUCAACUCUGGAGUGCAGUCAUCUUUGCCUCAACCUUUGUUGAGCAGAUCACAGUCUGCAAACCUAGACGUGCACAUUCCCACCGUCACUGAAGAUAGCAUUGAUUCUGCACAAGGUAGGCUACUACGUUCUAGAUCAUGUGGGAACUUCAGUUCACUGGAUCUAGCAUCCUACACUGAAGAAGCCAGAGUUUCACCAAGUUACUGCAAAGAUGCCUCAGAAGACCGUGUUCAACCCAAUGCACAAUCCCAGUGUCAUUGUAUAUAUGAAGAGAUUCCUUGUGAAAGCCAGAUUCAAGACUCUGGAUGCAACAAUUGUUCAGCCGAUGAAAUUUCACUGUGCUGUGUGGAAUCAGGAAAUGAUUGCCAUCAUUCAGAUUUUACAUCAACUGCAGUAGUGACAUUGCCAAGGAACAGAAGCUCUUUUGAAGAUUCCACUAAUGGUGACCGAUCACAUAAUGCAUUCAAUAGUGAAGAUAUAUUCCAAAAAAUCGAUGAAAAAGAAAUUGCUACUACAGUGAAGAAUUGUGAACCUGAAUCAUUUUACCAGGAUUGUGAUAUAUCACAAAAAGAAUUCAAUAUUAGAAGAAUUGAGAACUGGAUCAGUCAAAUUCCUGUUUCAAAUGACAUGGUUCCAAAUGGACAGGCAGAAUGUUCAAGUUCUGCGCAUUUAAUGAAUUCCAAUCAAGCUGGUACUGUCCGAAAGCUCAAUGCUAAAUCUCCUCUUGGCAUGGAAACUGCUUACAGCUACAUUUCAAUGCUGAAACCAUCGUCUUCCACAGCACAAUUGUCUAAUCUUGGCUUGGUUGCAAUACCAAUUCUUAGUGUGUUCAAUGAUUUGCGGCUGCUGAACUUGGCAGGAAACUCAAUUAUAAGAAUAACUUCAGGAGCACUUCCAAAAGGACUCCGUAUGUUGAAUUUGUCAAGAAAUAACAUCUCAGCUAUUGAAGGCCUAAAAGAGUUGACACUACUUCGUGUUCUGGACUUGAGUUACAACCGAAUAAUUAAAAUUGGCCACGGCUUGUCGUCCUGCCCUUUUCUGAAGGAGUUGUACAUCGGCGGCAACAGCAUCAGCGAGGUGGAAGGCCUGCACCGCCUCAAGCUGAAGGUGCUCGACCUGCACUCCAACAAGCUCGCGUCCUCGAAAUGCCUCGACCAGCUCGCCAACUGCGGCACCCUGCAGUCGAUCACCCUGGACGGCAACCCCGCGGAGAAGAACAUCGGCGACGAGCCGCUCAAGAGGCACGUGCUGGGCCUCCUGCCGCGCCUCGUCUUCUACAACAAGCAGGCCGUGAGGACCUCGCGGUGGUCCUCCAAGACCAAGCCCCAGGGCGGCGGCCGCCACGGCCGGGCCGUCGACCAUGGCGGCGGCGGCCGGAGCAAGAGGCUCGACAUGAAGCUUCCCCGUCGGUCGGCGUGCGUCUCGGUCGCAGUGAAGUCGUCAGGGUGUCACCGGGCAGGAGCAGCAGCUGCUCAUGGCCAUGGCUCGGCAAGGCUGUCGAAGCUGAGCAGAAAUGUAACUCCAUUGGCGGCAGCCAUUCGUGUGGCUGAUCAUCCUUCGGGAGAAGAGAGGCGGCUUGCCGGCACGGAAAAUUCUAGUCAGAUUUGUCGGAUACGAAGCGCGGAUGAUUUAUGCUAAUUUUUUUUCCCCUGAUCCACCACAAAAAGAUGUUUGAAUUUGUGAGUUAGCACGUUUGUUUUCUAUUUUGAUUUUGUUUUCCAUUCGUUAGCAUGAAUAAAGUAUGAAGUAUCCAUUGUUGAGGCAUGGGUUCGGUGAAACGAAAGAACUGGGUGCAUGUUUUUUGUAAUGCUUAUACUUGUAAUAAAAUUUAGAUUUUAAAAUUC